AUGUCGACGAAUCAGCACCAAAAAAAAUCAGUGGACAUUCCAGUGCAUAAGGAGUCUAGAACUUUUGAACAGCAUAGACGUGAAAUGCUGACGGGACUACAACACAGACAUAAAGGAGGAAAACGACCAAAACUUGGAAUUUCACUGCAUCAUGACAGGUGGUCAGACGUCGUAGAUAAUUGGGUUGAUUCAUCCUGGAGAAGUUGGGAUGAUGAGAUAAGGAGGCUGAAGUGUGGAAUGUUCGCACUUUUGCCUCUUGAUACUUUCGGUCUUAAGGACGCUUUCCCAGAUCCCUUUGACUUGAUGAAUCAAAUGGAACUUGAAGUUGAAGAGAUUCGGAAUCGCAUAGGCAUGAACAAGGCACCAGUAACAGGUUCUCUAACAGAUUUUCUGAAGGACGCUUAUGAGGUCGGGGAAGACGCGAAGCUUCAUUUCAAAGUGCGUUUCGAUGCAAAGGGUUUCGAGCCUGAAAACAUUAAGGUCAACUCAACAGAGAAUCGUGUGACAGUGUAUGCCAAAAAGGUGUCAGAAUCCGGUUCUUCAAAGUCAUCUCGUGAAUUCUGUCGUAUGAUUGAACUUCCUCGCACCAUUGACCCCUCUCACAUGCGAUGUCGUCUCACAGAUGAUGGUGUUUUGAUGCUUGAGGCUCCAGUGAAAUCUCCAGAUUACGAGUCGAUAACGUUUACAGAUAAUCGUCAACUUGGAAUUCACCCAAAAUCGACUGACCAGGUUCAGUCGGUCCCGUCAUCGAAGACACUUGCUGUGAAAGGUGUAUUUGGCCCAAUGAUUUGGGAGGAUGAAGCAAACGGGAAAUAUCUACAUGUAGAAGUACCGGUGGAUUCUGUGUAUAAGCCUGAAGAUUUGUGUGUAAAUGUAGAUUCCAACCGCGUUGUUGUAUCUGGAAGAACGUAUGAAGCAGAUGACGACUGUUCUAACAAAAAAAGGAAUAGGAGUUCGCAUGCAGAGUUCACUCACUCAUACGAAAUCCCAGAGACAAUUGACCCUUUAUCAGUGUCAGCACAGUUACUGGGUAAUAGAUUGGUGUUGGAGGCCCCCUUGCCAACUAGCCGAUUCGGUCUUGAUAUUCUUAAUGAUCCUGUUGGAUUAGUCAGUCAGGUGGGUCACCAUAUACACCAUAUUCGAGAGAAAGUUGAUUCAAGGAAAACAUCAUCAUCAUCAUCGCCAUUGUUGGGUUCAAUAGCUGAUACGUUGAAGGAUACCUGUGAAGCAGGCAAAGAUGGUAAAAUAAAUUACAGAGUGGAUUUCGAUGUCAAAGGUUUCCAACCAGAAGAAAUCAAUGUUACUACAUUUGAAAGUAAGCUGACAGGUGGUAUUUUAACAUUGAAAGGUCCUUUAAAAACUGUUGAAGAUGAUCCAAUUACUUCCAUUAAAGAUUGUCAGUUGAGUGAUCGAUCAAGACCAUUAAACGAUAUCAAAACUGAAUCCACUACAAAAUUAUUUGUUGUAAAAAGUGCUAACGGUCCAAUAGUUUUAGUUAAUGAAGAUAACAGCAAAAGAUUACAUAUUGAAAUGUUAAUGGAUCCAUUAUUCAAAUCUCAAGAUGUGAAUGUAAAAUAUGAUAUUAAUUGUAUUAUAGUUUCUGGACGACAUGAAGAUAAAAGUUCAAUUGGUGACUUCGUUCAAUUCAAAAAAUCAAAUGCAAUUUCUCAGCUCAUUAAUCCAUUGUAUCUCUCUGUUCAAGUGAUCAAUGCUACUUUGGUAGUAGAAGUUCCAUUAGUGGAAGAGAAAGGAUUGAAGGAAGAUGAGAAGAAGAAGUAA